UCAAAACUUCCUGCUUGGUCACAGGUGGCCGAAUUCGGCCCCUGAGGAAUGUCUGUCAGCGUCCAAGCCCACAACAUCACGUUCUUAGGGAUUUUCGUUCGAAAUCCCACUUGAAUGCAAACGCGUCCCCUCUUUUCUGUUCGUAUGUGGGUCAUGAGUUCCUGAGAGGUUUCAGCGAGUCCAAUAGCCAGAGUGGGGGUGGGCGAGCCCGUCACGGUUUUAAAAUAAAAUGUGGAGUUUUAGUUGUGUAGAGUGGUUAACUCUGCGAGCCGCAUAAAAGGACAAAUCCGAGGGACGAAAGGAUUUUUUUUUCUUGAAGAUCUUGAGAGGCUGUGAAUGUGGACCGAGGUAAUACAGUGGGAUGAAGAUGGGAGAUUUUAAAGACGAACGAGGUACAUGAAGACAGUACCACAUGCUUGAGAGAUGAGGCUAGAAUUAACUAUAGGGAGUAGAGGAAGCUUAGCCCCAAAAAGUCUAUGCAUAUUUAUAAACAAGAAGGCAGAAAUGCCUUUUGGUCCGUGACAGCAGAGAGUGGAAUGGGAGUGCCUGACUGAACGGACGGAGACGUUUCUACAAGGGUUAUGAGCAAGAGCUGAGGGCACAUGGAACACCUGCACAAACACUGGAUUUCUGCCCUACAACAUCUCAAAGACCUAAGAGGAAAAGAGUGACUAUGGUUUUUGCUCACAGAAUGGAUAACGACCAGCCGCCUGUGGUGACUGCUACCCUGCUGGCGCCGCUUCAGAACCACAGCUGCAUGGAAGCAGCCGAGGCCCUGCUGCCCCAUGGCCUGAUGGACUUCCAUGAGGAACACAGCUGGAUGAGCAACAGGACAGAUCUUCAGUAUGGACUGAACCCUGGAGAGGUGGCCACAGCCAGCAUUUUCUUUGGCGCUCUGUGGUUGUUCUCUAUCUUUGGCAAUUCCCUGGUGUGUCUGGUCAUCCACAGGAGCCGGAGGACUCAGUCCACCACCAACUACUUUGUGGUCUCCAUGGCGUGUGCCGACCUCCUCAUCAGCGUGGCCAGCACACCGUUUGUUGUGCUGCAGUUCACCACUGGAAGGUGGACCCUCGGGAGUGCCAUGUGCAAGGUAGUGCGCUAUUUCCAGUAUCUCACUCCCGGCGUCCAGAUCUACGUGCUCCUCUCCAUCUGCAUAGACCGCUUCUACACCAUCGUCUACCCGCUGAGUUUCAAGGUGUCCAGAGAAAAGGCCAAGAAGAUGAUCGCAGCCUCCUGGGUGCUGGAUGCAGCCUUUGUGACGCCCGUCUUCUUUUUCUAUGGCUCUGGCUGGGACAGCCAUUGUAACUACUUCCUCCCUCCCUCCUGGGAGGGGACCGCCUACAAGGUCAUCCACUUCCUGGUGGGCUUUGUGAUUCCCUCUGUCCUCAUAAUCUUAUUUUACCAGAAGGUCGUAAAGUAUAUCUGGAGGAUAGGCACUGAUGGGCGGACCCUGAGGAGGACGAUGAACAUUGUCCCCAGGACAAAGGUGAAAACGGUCAAGAUGUUUCUCCUCUUGAACGUGGUGUUUCUAUUCUCCUGGCUGCCUUUCCAUGUGGCUCAGCUCUGGCACCCCCAUGAGCAAGACUACAAAAAGAGCUCCCUUGUCUUCACGGCGGUCACAUGGGUAUCCUUCAGCUCUUCAGCCUCGAAACCCACUCUCUACUCAAUUUAUAAUGCCAAUUUUCGGAGAGGGAUGAAAGAGACUUUCUGCAUGUCCUCCAUGAAAUGUUACCGCAGCAAUGCCUACACCAUCACCACCAGUUCAAGGAUGGCCAAAAGAAACUAUGUUGGCAUUUCGGAAAUCCCUCCCAUGAGCAGGACGAUAACCAAAGACUCCAUCUAUGACUCAUUUGACCGAGAAGCCAGGGAAAAGAAGCUUGCCUGGCCCAUCAAUUCAAACCCACCAAACACUUUUGUCUAAUUUCUAAGAAUUCUUUCACUGUUAUGUGCGGAGAUUAAAAGGCUUUAACUAUGAGAGGGGAGUGAGUUCCUUAGUUUUCACUCACCUGUCUAUUUUGUAAAGUGCA